CGCCGUCAUGUCUAACCGCGUAGAAAAGCCCAAAUCUAAGUCUACGGAGAAACGUCAUUCUCGUGCGGCUUUUAUUCGUUCUUUUGGCUUCGAGGUGUCGCCGUGUUUCCGUUGUUUAGGCAAACGGCCUUGUCUGGCUGUUGAGGGUGGCGACUCGUGCGCGCAUUGUUGCUAUCUAGGUCGUUCGUGUGAUAGCUCUUUUGUCCCCAUGUCUUCUCUUGACCGUAUUACGGAGGAACUUAAGCGUUUGGAGCGUCAGGAGGAGCUUGCCGAGGAGGCAUUAAUCGCUCAACAGAAGCGUCAUGAAGAACUUCUGGCUCAGCAGAAGGCUGAGCGUGACGAGGCUUUGGCUCGCCUCAUGAGAUUGCGGAAGCUUCGUCGCUUGCUUCGCGCCCGUGGUGUGGAGAUGGUGAAUCGUGGAUUAAACGCCGAGGAGAUGGAGGAGGCUGAUCGUCGUGAGGAGGAAGAGCGUCAGGCUGAACUGGCUCGUGUGUCGCGUGAAGAGGCGCAGCUUCUUCGCGACGUGCAGUCUAUGAGCGGGGUUGAGUGGUCUUCUUUAAACGCCGAUUUGGCGUUCGCAGGUCUAGAUCCUCUUGCCUCAAUGGGGGGUGCUUCCUCGUCGUCUUCCUAGGUUUCGCAGGGCGUUCUGGUUCUUCCGGUAUUUUCUCUUGUCGUACUCGCAAGUGUUUGCGGAGUUUGUUUUGGAAAUUUUUCAAGGCAGUGCUGGCGUUUUCGAAAUUGCUUUCUGGUUCCCAGCUGUCUGCGUUCCUGUCAUAUCCUUUCCAUUCCACUAGGUAUCGGAGUUCACCGGUUGCUUCGUCUAUCUUUAGCGAUGUUAUUUUGUCAACUUCGUAUUCAAGUUCUUCGCCUUGAAUAACGAUUUCAUCCAUGAUGAGUUCUCCAGUGUCUUCAUCUAUUAAUGCUUUUUCCAAUAGUGAGACAUGAAAGAUCGGGUGUACUGGUUUUCCUCGUUUGUUUGGUUGUUCUGGGAGGUCCAGUUCGUAGUUGACUUCGCCGAUUUUCUUCAAAAUUUUGUAAGGCCCAACUUUCUUGUAGUCUAGCUUGUCGCUUGGCCUGUUUGUUUUGAUGUUGGCUUGUUUUUCUCCUCGAGUGUGUCG